CUCUGGUCUCCAGGACAGACAGAGUACCUAAGUAAGCGAUUGAUUGAUUGAUUGAUGCUCAUUUCUCUCCCUUCAGCUCUGCUUAUCCCUCCUCCACCAUCCGCCCAUCGGCCUCCUCGGAUGUCUCGUCGUUCCUUUUGGACAAGCCACCAUGUUCUCCCGCAAUAGAACCGUUCUUUGGGUCGGCGGCUUGAUGUCGCUGAUGCUUUGCUACUUCUGGAUUAGCAGUCGCCCCGACACCGUCGUCUUGGAGCAUCAUGGCAACCGCCCUAUCCACUCAUCGGCCUGGCGCCAAAGUGGCGACGACACGUAUUUCUGGAGGACUGUCGGUGCCUUUAACCAGCCAAGUGGGCCGGUUCAGAUGCUGCCGACUGGCAUUCCCCAGGCCUUCCCCAAGAUCCAGACCAAAUUCGGCUACGAGUCAAGCUCGGCGCGCAAGACCCGCGAGCAGCGUCAGAAUGCAGUCAAGGAGUCGUUUCUCAGAGGAUGGAAGUCCUACAAGGAGCGCGCUUGGAUGUCCGACGAACUCAUGCCCGUCUCAGGCGGCAGUCGCAACACUUUUGGCGGCUGGGCCGCUACUCUCGUUGACGCGCUCGACACCCUCUGGAUUAUGGAUUUGCAGACCGACUUCGCCCAGGCCGUGAAUGCGAUUGAUGCGAUUGACUUCACUAAAACCGACAUGACUGAGAUCAACGUCUUCGAAACCAACAUCCGCUACCUGGGUGCUUUCCUCGCCGCCUUUGAUCUCAGCGGCGACACCCGCCUGUUGCACAAGGCUGCCGAGGUGGGCGAAAUGCUCUACAAAGCCUUCGACACGCCCAACCGCAUGCCCGUCACCCGCUGGGAUAUCCACGGGGCCGCCAACCACGCAGAGCAGAAUGCGAGCUCCGGCGUGCUCCUGGCCGAGAUUGGCAGCUUGUCCAUGGAGUUCACUCGCCUGUCCCAGCUGACCGGAAACCCGAAGUGGUUUGACGCCAUCCAGCGCAUCACAGAUGCCAUGGCGGAGCAACAGGAUUCUUCCGAGUUGCCGGGCAUGUGGCCGCUCGUUGUAGAUGCUAAGCAGAUGAUUUUCAACCAUGGUUCGACUUUUACUCUCGGGGCCAUGGCCGAUUCAGCCUAUGAGUAUCUGCCAAAGAUGGCGGCCCUGCUCGGCGGCCAGCUGCCCGUCUACCAGACCAUGUACGAGAAGGCAAUGGACGUGGCGAUGAAACACACCCUGUUCCGCCCGAUGACGCCCACGAAUGAGGACAUUCUCAUCUCUGGACAGGUGCACACGGAAAUGAGAGAUGGGAACACGGCCGUCACGCUCGAACCUCAGGGACAGCAUCUCGUGUGCUUCCUGGGCGGCACGCUGGCAAUAGGUGGAAAGCUGUUCGCUCGUCCUGGCGAUGUCACCAUCGCGAACAAGCUCACCGACGGUUGCAUUUACACCUACAAGGCGUUCCCGCAUGGAAUAAUGCCCGAGACCUUUUACAUGACCCCCUGCGAAUCCCGGGAGCAGUGCCAAUGGGACGACAACCGCUGGAAGCAACAGGUCCUCGAACGCGUCAACGGCGAAGAGGGCAAGACGGCGCAGGCUGACUCCAUCAUUGCAGAGAAACACCUCCCCAAGGGCUUCACUGAAGUCCCGGAUCGGCGGUACAUCCUGCGGCCCGAGGCCAUUGAGAGUGUCUUCAUUCUCUACCGCGUGACAGGUCGUAAAGAUCUCCUUGCGUCAGCAUGGGAAAUGUUCCAGGCCAUUGAGGAGACCACCAAGACUGAACUGGCCAACACGGCCGUGUGGGAUGUCACUGUUGAGGGAGAGACUGCCCGUCAGGUGGACUCGAUGGAGUCGUUCUGGAUGGGCGAGACGCUCAAGUACUUUUAUCUCAUCUUCAGUGAGCCAAACUUGGUUAGCUUGGACGAGUAUGUCUUUAACACUGAGGCACAUCCUUUGCGGCGCAUGCUCUAGGCAGGGAAUAUCAGGUAUAACAGGAAUAUGUCGGUUUAAAUCCAGGAUGGGCAUUGCUUUUUGUACAAACUUUCUCUCUACAUACACAUUAAUACCCCAACAAGUUGAGAAUGAUGA